GCCAGUCUGACUCAAGAAACCUCGCGGUAUUACUCAAACUACUACUCCCAACAUGCAAAGCGACUACCGCUCAUCCGCCUACGCCCGUGGGCCCGGCGUGCCCGGCGUGCCUCGAGGUGCGAAAGGCUCCCUGGGAGUCGCAGUUCAGAGCCUCUGCCGGUACUGCCAGCGCGGCGGUGGCGGCUCUUGGUGUCAGCGGCUGGUUCCCUGACGGCGAGCUGAGGUGGAGGGAGGCGUGGAACUGGAAUCCGGUGAGUCAGGCGCUCCCUACGCGAUAAAGGGAGGCAGCACCGCGGGCUGAGGCACGUAGGCGCGGCCCCUGCAGCUCCGAGGACUCGGGGACGCCGUUGUUGCGCCCGCGAUAGCCGGGUGAGGAGAAGCCGAAGCCCGGCCGGUCUCGCCCUCAGCACCCGCCGCCAUCUCCACCAUGCAGUCCCGGGAAGACGCUCCGCGCUCCCGCCGCCUCGCCAGUCCCCGCGGUGGGAGGCGGCCCAAGAGGAUUUCCAAACCCUCCGUUUCGGCCUUUUUCACGGGCCCGGAGGAGCUGAAGGACACGGCCCACGCUGCAGCCCUGCUGGCACAGCUCAAGUCCUUCUAUGACUCGCGGCUGCUCUGUGAUGUGACCAUCGAGGUGGUGACGCCUGGCAGUGGGCCUGGCACAGGCCGCCUUUUCUCCUGCAACCGGAACGUGCUGGCUGCCGCCUGUCCCUACUUCAAGAGCAUGUUCACCGGCGGCAUGUACGAGAGCCAGCAGGCCAAUGUGACCAUGCACGACGUGGAUGCCGAGUCCUUUGAGGUGUUGGUCGAAUACUGCUACACCGGUCGCGUGUCGCUAAGUGAAUCCAACGUGCAGCGCCUUUACGCGGCCUCCGACAUGUUACAGCUCGAGUACGUGCGGGAAGCCUGUGCUUCCUUCCUAGCCCGCCGCCUUGACCUGGCUAACUGCACCGCCAUCCUCAAGUUCGCUGAUGCCUUCGACCAUCACAAACUGCGAUCACAGGCCCAGUCCUUCAUAGCCCACAACUUCAAGCAGCUCAGUCGCAUGGGCUCGGUUCAGGAGGAGUCUCUGGCAGAUCUGACCCUGGCCCAGCUGCUGGCUGUCCUGCGCCUGGAUAGUCUCGACAUCGAGAGUGAGCGGACAGUGUGUCACGUUGCCAUGCAGUGGUUGGAGGCGGCUCCCAAGGAGCGGGGUCCCAGCGCUGCAGAAGUCUUCAAGUGUGUCCGCUGGGCACACUUCGCUGAUCAGGAUCAGGAUUACCUGGAAGGGCUGUUGACUAAGCCCCUUGUGAAGAAGUACUGUCUGGACCUUAUCGAAGGGGCUCUGCAGAUGCGAUAUGGUGACAUGAUGUACAAGUCUGUGGUGCCAAAGCCAGACGGCAGCAGCAGCUCUGUUGCAUCCGCAGCAGAAAUUCCACCCCAGAGGCUGGGCAUGUGUUCCAAGGAGAUGGUGGUCUUUUUUGGACAUCCCCGAGAUCCUUUUCUCUGCUAUGACCCAUACUCAGGGGACAUUUACACAAUGCCUUCACCUUUGGCCAGCUUGGCUCACACUAAAACUAUCACCUCCUCAGCCGUCUGUGUCUCUCCAGACCAUGACAUCUAUCUAGCUGCCCAGCCCAGGAAACACCUCUGGGUGUAUAAACCAGCUCAGAAUAGUUGGCAGCAACUUGCAGAUCGUUUGCUCUGUCGUGAGGGCAUGGAUGUGGCCUACCUCAAUGGCUACAUUUACAUCUUGGGUGGACGAGACCCUGUUACUGGGAUUAAAUUGAAGGAAGUGGAAUGCUACAGUGUUCAGAGGAACCAGUGGGCACUGGUGGCUCCUGUACCCCACUCCUUCUAUUCCUUCGAACUAAUAGUGGUUCAGAACUAUCUUUAUGCUGUGAACAGUAAGCGCAUGCUCUGCUAUGAUCCUAGCCACAAUAUGUGGUUGAACUGUGCUUCUCUUAAACGGAGUGACUUUCAGGAAGCCUGUGUCUUCAAUGAUGAGAUCUAUUGUAUCUGUGACAUCCCAGUCAUGAAGGUCUAUAAUCCAGCUAGGGGAGAAUGGCGGAGGAUUAGUAAUAUUCCUUUGUUCUCAGAGAUCCACAACUAUCAGAUUGUCAGUCAUGGCCAAAAGUUGCUCCUCAUCACUUCUACCACCCCACAAUGGAAAAAAAACCGGGUGACUGUGUAUGAAUAUGAUUCCAGGGAAGACCAGUGGAUUAAUAUAGGUACCAUGUUAGGUCUUUUGCAGUUUGAUUCUGGAUUUAUUUGCCUCUGUGCUCGCGUUUAUCCUUCUUGCCUUGAACCUGGUCAGAGUUUCAUUACUGAGGAAGAUGAUGCACGGAGUGAGUCUAGUAAUGAUUGGGACUUGGAUGGAUUCAGUGAGCUGGACUCUGAGUCAGGAAGUUCAAGUUCUUUUUCUGAUGAUGAAGUCUGGGUACAGGUUGCACAUCAGCGAAAUGCACAGGAUCAUCAGGGUUCUUUGUAAAUAUUUUGAGACACUUAAGAUGUUUCUACUGCUAUGUAAUCUAUCUUUAAAAAAUAAUCUUUCCUUUUCCUGAAAAACAAAAUUGACUAGGACCGCAGAUUUGGUUUAGAAAGGCUAAUGUUUGUUACUUACGUUACAAAAUUUAAACAGUCCAUGAAAUCAACCUAUAUAAUAAUUUGCUAUGUUAAAAGUUGAGAUUAAAAUAUGCAGAAAAUGAACUAUAUAA